AUGUUAUCGAUUUCUGAUAUUGCUAGCCUUGUUCUAACCGUUUCUCAAUAUCAAGAUUCGCUCAAUCAACCUCCUUGGCUUAUUUUCAUCUUACUUCUUCAACAAACCCAUCGUCUUCUCGCUAAAAUCUUUCGUGCCAAUUCUAUCGAAUUCAUAUAUGUUUGGAUAUUCGAAUAUUUCACUUUUCAAAUAGUUCUAAUUGUUGUUGGCAUUCCAUUAACCAUUGCUCAUGGUAACUUUAAAAUUGGAAUUUUGUAUAUUUUCACAUUGAUCUAUCGAAUCAUCGUUGGUUUUACUUUCGAUUAUUUCUCGGAUUUUCCAAUUGGGCAUACUUAUUUCAUGUUUAUCGGUUUGCAUUUAUCAAAUAUUUGGCUGGUAAGUCUUUGAAUUUUUUAAUAGAAAUUGAAAUGCUAUAAAUUUUGCAGAACUGGUCAACUUUUUCCCAAUCCAUUAUUCCUCAUUUUCUUCUUAUUUCUAUAACAUCUUUUCCGCUUCAAUUCUAUCUGUAUUUCUCCUCCGAAAUCAAUAAAAAUCUUCCGGGUUUCACCGAAUCCGGAAGUGUUGCCUGUUUGAUUUUUGGAUAUCUCUCCGGUUAUUAUUGGAUCUAUCGAGGUGCCAAAUCGAGAUAUUCCGAUGUUUUAAAAGCUUUAGGUUGGCUAAUCGCUUAUUUGAUUUUCGUCGAUUAUUGUGGAUUCCGUUUUAUUUACAAGUUUGAUGAUAUUGGUAGAACUUUAUAUGACUAAUUGAUAUUAUUUUAUUUAUAUAUAAAUAGUCAAAUAUAAAUUGUUUAUAUUUCAUUUGUUGUUCGAGAGAUACUUUUCGUUUUCAGAAUGAUUUCAGAAAUACUUGACAAUUUCUAUCAAAAAUGGACGAAUUGGCGAAUGAUUUCAACUAUUGUUCUAACACAACAUCAAACAUUAAAUUCCUCAAAUUCUCCACCAUAUUUUAUGAUCUCAAUAAUAAUUUUAUCAUUUUUGAAUUUCACUCAAAAAUGGAUUUUUAGCAAUGAAAUCUCAAUUUUUUAUUACUAUCAUUUUCUAACAAUUCAAUUGGUUAAUUUUUUCAUAGGAAUACCAUUAGAAGUGGCACAUGGAACUUCGAAAAUUGCAUUUAUUUAUCUUACAAGUUUAAUCUACGUUUUUGUAACUCUACAAUCUCUUUAUUGGAAUUUCAAAUGUUUGGGAUUCAUUCCUUCAAGUUUUUCAUUAGUUUGUUUGCAUUUGGCAAAUGUAAUGGAAGUUAGUUUGAAUUAUUUUUAGAAGAAAUUAACAAUUUUUGGGUCAAAAAUAUCAAACAUUUCAGAAAUGGCGUGAUUUCCGCUUAAUGCCACUUCGAUUAUUAUCUCUUCUAACAUUCAUAAUUCUCCCACAUUGUGUUGAAAUCUAUUUUAUUCAAAAUCAAUUUUCCAAUAAGAAAGCUUUCCUCAAAGUUCAAAUAUUGAAUUUUAUUGGAAUUUUUGGAGCAGGACUUUUCGGAUUCGUUAUAGGAAAUUUUUGGAUUUAUAAUGAACAUAAGAAACCGAUCAAGUUUAAAGUCGUAUUUCGAUUCUUGUUCUGGAUUAUCGGAUAUCCAUUUUUGAUGCAUUGUUUCAAGGAAACUUUUAAAUUUUGA